GCAUUGGGGUGCUGUCACAGUGGCGGAGGUGCGCAUAAAUCCCCAAAUGGAAUGCUGAGGUUAUUGAGGAAUGGUCUGUUUGAGUAUAAGCAGAACUUGGUGUUGGCAGAUACAAUAGAAUUAUAUCAAUUAGUGGGUAUUUAUCAAGGAAGGAAGGACACAAGCAAGCGUGUGCAUUUAACGUAUUGGAACAGGUUCAUAGUUCAGCCUACUUAAUGACAAAUCACCUCAAGCUGUAUUCCAUUUUGAAGACAUGCGUGCUGACAGGAAGUUGGGAAAAGGAACAAAGCUUUUUGCAAUGAAAACUAAGUGGUUGCUUUAUAUUUUAUGGAGUGUGUUUUCACUUAGAAUUGCAAACGCUACAUUUGGUAUUUAUGAAUCGUCGUAUGUUUCACGUCCAGUAGGCAGAAGAAACAUCCUCAAACUGGGCACAUCCAAAGGUGUCGGCGACACACUCAAAGCCCACUUGUCACCCACAGAGAACAGAAAAUCAAGCCUGAGGAUUCCCUCUCAUACCAUCACAUUCACAACAUCACAACCGACACAUGAAUUUAAACAAUCCUCUUCAAUUACAUAUUCCUCUCCACAACCACGGGGCCAGCACCGUAUGCUUCUCAGUACGCCUGCACCAAAGUCUGAACUGGGUUUUGCUUCGCUGCCUGACGUAUCGGUUACGUGUUCCAGUGAUGACUUCGUCGUUCGGGUCAAACGGGCAUUCUAUGGUUUUCAUGCCGACUCCGAGGAGCUGACCCUGGGAAGUACCUGCAAGAGCAACGGUGUUCUCAUGCCAUAUGGUGACUUGCUCUUCGCAUAUUCAAUGACAGAAUGUGAUGGCAAACGCGAGAUGCCCCCGGGUUACCUUAUUUAUAAGUUUGUGCUCCAUUACGCGCCUCAGACCACAUUCCCACGCGAUGCGCAUCGUGUGAACAUAGAUAUCGAAUGUCGCUUUCAGAGGUAUUUUCAUGUUUACCAGCGGGUGGUGCGCCCUACAUGGGAAACACCCAUAGUGCGUAAAAGGCUAAAGGGGCGCACUGCUGACUUCCGUAUUCAGUUGAUGGACGAUGUAUGGUCCAUGCCAGCCAAAUCCCAGGUUUACAUUCUGGGACAGACCGUUCAUUUCCAGGUGUCUGCACUUCACCUACCGCACGGAGGAAAACUAUUCAUUAACCACUGCUAUGCCACAACAUCCAGUGACCCCAAAACAUCCAGAAAAUUAACUGUUAUUGACAACUUUGGCUGCAUGCGGGAGAGCCAGAAGAACGUUGGUGGCUCUGAGUUUGUGCUGCCCAACACUGACGACACCGUCCGGUUCUCCAUCAGCGCCUUCCAGUUCACCUCUGAUCCAGACACACCAGUCUUCCUUCACUGUAAGCUGCAUGUGACAUCAAAUGAAUACGGUCCCAUGCACAAAUUCUGCACGUACAAAGACAACCGGUGGUGGGCUCUCACGGGAGAGGACUCCGUCUGUGACUGCUGCGAUUCCAAAUGUGUGACCUCCAAACCCAGAAGAGCCAUGGUGGAGGGGUUUGCUAGCAGCGAGGCUCUGCUGUUCUCAGACCAACCAUCCACACCAAGGGGUUCUGUCUCACAAGUCCGUCCCUCACCAGUCUAUGAUGAUGAAGAAUAUGUCUGGUUUGAGACCAAAUUGGAUGGGAAAAUUGAUGAGUUUGACAACCCAGAUCAUCUACCAACCUUUGAUGGGAAUAAUCAUGGUGAUGAGGAAGAGCAGAGUUACAGUCUUUUCCCGGAAAAGGAGAAGCAACAUGUAGAGGAGGACGAAGCUGUGCCUUUGGAGGGUGAAAGGUCACAGGUUCUUCAGACAGUAUUUACAAUAGGGAAGAUAUUCAGGGGUGCACAAGGGUCAGGUUUGCGGGAUACAGAGAUAACGGGAGAGGCACCAGGGUUAAGAGCUAAGGAGGGGGAAGAGUUGACACAGGACUUCCCAUUGGAGAGUGAGAGGGUGGGGUUAAGAGAGAGGAGACCAUGGGAGGUUGGUGGGCCAGAAUCCAUGGAGGAGGAAGCCUCUGGUGAAAAUCGGUGGAUACAUCCACAGGAGUCCUCAUCCAUGUGGUCGGGGGUGGGGGAUAAGUCUGAAUCACAGGAAGAGGUUGUUUCUCAAUCCACGAAGGAGUGGGGAUUGAGGGUGGGAGAUGAGCAGCUACUGGAACUUCCUAAAGAUGAGGGGGGGAAAGGAAGUGAGCCUGAGCAGAGAGAUGAAGAGGGAAAAACGGUUCCAGUCAUCUCUGAGGCCCUGGAGGAGAUCCUGGGAGACAACAAAGGACUGGUAGAGUCAACGAUUGACAGUGGGAAAGACCUGCCCAGGGUUUGGUAUUUCAAGUGGCGAUAGGGUCAAUUAGUGACAAUACAGUGGUUCAUUUGACACCAUAGACCUUUAUAACGCUGACAUCUGACUGAUUUGGAAUUAAUAAAAAAUAUGAUUUAAAAAGUACAACUCUUAAUUUCUUGAUGAUGAACACUGAAGGUAACCGCAUCUUUACAAUCAACAACAG